CACAUGAAUUUUUUUCAUCAGUUGAUGGGAAAACGGCUAGCUAGCCUGCUGGCUAAAUAAGCUUAAUCUUUACUACAAAUUAGUUUUAGAUGUUUAUGACAAUCAAUAUUUAUUUUAAGCAAGUCUGAGUCUUACUCACUUCAGGAACCUCGCCACUAACGAUAAUACAAGUCUUUCAUUCAAUAUUUUCAUUAGCUAACUAACGUUACACAAACGUUAGCUAGUUACUGUAAAUUCUCUUAUAUUGGCUUGUGUGGCUAACUGUUACUAAACGUAACUGUCUCAUAUUCAUAGAUCAUAUUUUAUGCUUCAUACAUUACGCUAACUUCAGCUAGUUAUCUUGUGUGUCAGUCUAAAUCCAUCCAUUUGGAAUCACGGCUAAUGUUAUCUAUCUAACUAGUCAGUUAGCCUGACAGCUGGCUAGCUAUUGAACAGGUUGCAAGUCCUCCAUCAUCACAUCUGCCAGGCGGACUCAACCAGCAUGGAUUACCAGAACACAGCGAAUGCAGUUGGGGACUGUCUUUUGAGCUACACCAAGGACGAGUCUGGAUGGAAAGUCUGCAAGAAAUCGAAUGACGUCAUCGUGUCCUGGCGGCCAUCGACUGAGUUCCCUGGGAAUGUAUAUAAGGGGGAGUCGGUGGUGAAGGGAAGUCCAGAGAAGGUAUGGGAGUGUCUGAAACCAGUGCCAAAUGGACUGCGGGUGAAAUGGGACAACAAUGUCAAGAAGUUUGAGCUGGUAGAGCAAGUCACUGAGAACAUCACUGUCUGCAGAACAGUCACUCCGUCAGCAGCCAUGGGCAUCAUAGCUCCCAGAGACUUUGUCGACGUUAUUCUAGUGAAGCAAUACGAAGACGGCACCAUUACAUCCAAUGCCACCCACGUGAGCCACCCGAGCUGCCCUCCCCAGUCAGGGUAUGUGAGGGGCUUCAACCACCCCUGUGGCUGCAUCUGUGUCCCCAUCUCUGGGGAGCCAAACAAAACACAGCUGUUCAGUUUCUUCCAGACGGACCUGGGGGGCUUCCUGCCUCGCUCCGUGGUCGACUCCUUCUUCCCAUCCAGCAUGGUGGAGUUCUACAGCAACCUGGCCAAGGCCAUCAAGUCCCUCAAGGACCACUGAUACACUCAUACUAUACCUUCCCUUAGCCCUGGUCCCAGAUCUGUUUGUGCUGCAUAACCAACUCCUGGCGGUACUCAGAUCUGGGACCAGCAUUCAGCGGGACCAAAAAACACAAUGAUUAGCUAUGUGAAUGGCUUAGUUUUAAAGAGGCUUUAUGGAACUUAUCACCUCAGGGGGCUUUUUAACUGAAAGGGAUAGAUUGAUGUAAAUGGAUUUUAAAAAUCCUUAUUAGAGAGCAUGGGGCACACCUCCCCAGGCCGUAUCUUUCUAGAUUAAAAUUGUGUUUCAUGAGUAAAUAAAUAUUGUUAUAUCAACCAUACAGGCAACACUCAAGCCAAAAAUGUAGAUAAACAAUUAGCAACUCAACUUCUGUACAGCCUCUUUAAAAGAGUGGUCACCUGGCCUUGGCUUGGAGCAAACUGUAUGUGAGCUUAAAGGGGGAUGAUAUGAGGGAAGGAAGGAGUGCAGCUUGUUUGUCCCAGCACUAACACAGCUGAUUUCAGGUCAUUGAGGUCUUGGUUCAUUUGUGUAGUAAUGGUGUGUUAGUGCUGGAGCAAAAAGCCUGCACCCCUGGUACUGUUGCUCUCUAGGACCAGGUAUGGUGGCCACUAGUGUAGUCUUACAAAAAGGUUGAGGGUCUGCUCUAAUUUCAUUCAACUCUGGGGAAAAAUAUUUAAUAUGAAUUUCUCAUAGAGGUUCAUGUGCAAUUUUAUUGAGUUGAAGCGAUUGAAAUGGAAUUGACCUUAGCCCUGAUGUUAAAGUUGCAAUUUGUAAGUUAUUUUUCCCCCUAUUGUAACAAGAGUACAAAAACAAUCCUGAUGAACCCACCCAAAAGAAACGCACGUUACAUUAUUGGACAUAAUGUAGUUCCUGUUCUUCUUUUGUUUUUCUUCAUGCAGGUACACUAGCAAACACCCAGCCUCUUAGUCCUCGAACCGGAAAUCCAACUUACAGACCGCACCUUUAAGCACUCUGGGCCGCACCUUUAAGAAUUGAUCUAGAGAGGUCAAUUUUGCCAAACUCUACUUCCUAAACAAUAAAUAUUUCCUGUACAUUUCCUAUUUAGUGAUGCAUCCCCCCCGCCUACUUUCCACCCCAAAAGAAUGAGGAUAGAUUUGAAAUCUAUAUUUUGUAUUCAGUGUCCUAAACACACGGAGGAUAUGUCCUCCUUCCCUUUUGUACUGUUGCUGUUGAAUACAGUCCAUUCUGUUACACUGGCUGCAUCCUACCUACAGUAACAUGCAUGUUGCAUGGACCUUACAGGAACCCCAGAAUGGAAUCGGAUUCCAUUGGGACGAGUCAUACCUCAUUUUUUGUUGUUCUUUGUAUACGGUAGUACUGUACUUGAAAUGUUCUGGUUUAACCUGUCUCCACAGCCCUUUAACCAAUACCUAAAGUUGGAAUCCGCAGUAGGGGGAAACGGUGCCACUGGCCGCCCCACCAGCAUUGUUAUUGUUGUUGCUGAGCUGAGGAGGGUCGUGCAGCAUGGUAAUAAAAUGCAGUACAUAUUGUGUUUUUCUAUCGUACGUGCGAUGAUGUCAGAGAUGGAAAUAACAGUGUUUGUAGUUUUCAGUAACUGGAAAGCGUUAUGGACAUGGUUGUUUUACCGUUGAGGAUUCCAGCUUUAACCAGUAACCUUUAGAGGGUGUAUAUACCGGCCCCCCCACUCUAUCCUAUUCCUAACCUUAACAUCUGCUGGAUUUAUAGACGUCUAACCUCCAAGCAAGGAUUUCUGCCUCAGUUACUUUUCUCUAUGUAGUAUGUAGAUGUCAAAGUAAGAACACUGCAUUAUUCUUAAGCAAAGUUAUUUGCAGUAUGUAUGGGCAAAUGGCAAUAUGAACAGCUUCAUCUAAUGAAGAAUGGACAAAGGGACAUCCGCUCGAGUAGGAGAGCUUCUGAAGGAUCUUGGGUUUUAUUCAGUGGGGUACAACAUGGUAUGCGUCCCAUAAGGCUCUGGUCCAAAGUAGUGCACUAUAUAGGGAGUAGGAUGCCAUUUGGGACAGCCAUGGAUUCCAACAUAUUUUAAAGCACAGCAGCAGCAUACGACUGCCAUAUUCUGGCAUCAGUUGUGACUAGUGUCAUUUUACACUGUAAAGAAACUUAUUACCAGCAUAGAGUUGAGAAAACCACUGUCUUUGAUAUGACACAAGAGGGCAUGGUCAUCCGUCUAGGCCAGGGUGCGUCUCCAUAGCUUUUUUUAAAUCAUCGGUGAAGGGAAAUAAUGAGAGCAAGCAUCAAUAGUAUUGAGAUACAUCCCUAGUUGGUGGAGGAAGCCUUUUCAUAGUAUUGAGAUACAGCCCUUUUAGGUGGAGGAAGCCUCCUCAGAGUAUUGAGAUAUAGCCCUAGAAGGUGUCUUCACAGUGCUGUACAGUCAACCAUCUGCAUGCCUGCUGAGUCCUCUACAUGUAUGUUGAUAAGCCAUUAUAUUAAUGAUGUUUUAGAUCAAUCUUUUUAGAAGCCUUGUGGUUAAGUUUCCUUUUGAAAUGAAAACACACUACUUAACGUCAUUUUCUUAUCCUGAGUGGAUAAUAACCUUAACUGACAAACCUUUACAAGUGCAUUGCAUUCCACCUCAUCCACAACCAAGUCCUAAAUGCUUGCUUUUUUAUCAUUGUUUGCCUUUUGUUGGUGUAAUACCAUGAAGGCAUUGUUUUGAUGUGUGUUAUUGUACUGUACGUGGAGCCUGAAGAUCAUACCUACCUACAGUGUAUUGCUGUCUUAAUGUCAGAGUACACACGUUGUCUAUUGGUGGCUUGUUUUUAAAAUGUACUCCAUCAUGCGUUUUGCGACAGAUGUGUAUGUUUUAGGGUACGUGUUGAAUGCUGUUUGUUGUCCUCAGCUCCUGAUUGGAAAGCACAGCUGCUAUGGAAAAUGGCUGCUAUUGAAAUAUACUAUUAGUUCAGUUGUCAAUAAAAGCAACACAGGAAAAUGUUUUUUUUAGGUCAGGAUUAGGGUUAUGAAAUUCUGGUAAUUUUUCUCAAAAAAAUAAAAUGUUCCUGAAAUCCCAGUUGGAAGAUUCCUGGAAUCAGUAGGGAAUACACGGGGAAUCUGGAUAUCCUCCAACCAGGAUUUCUGGGAAAUUGGGGAAAGUUACCACAAUUUUGCGACCCUAAUCCUGACCUGCACUCUACUGUACCGUACUGUAUACUGUAUGUUCCACCCAGCAGGUUUUGUGUUUCACCAGCAUCUGCAUUAAAAACUACUGACCGUUA